GCAGAAACAAACUGCACCGUGAUCUAUGAGCGUGUCUAGGCCUUUCCCUGUUCGACCUAGCCUCUCAGCCAAUGGCUUGACUUUACCGAGAGCCGUGCAAACGGACCAGCCGCAUUCAUGUUAAAGUUAUCUGCACUGCGCCUUGUGGUCUGCAUCACCAAGGUCUAAACCGGACAGAUGAGAUUGGCUGCUUAGGUGGACAGAUGUGUUACUUGAUCUCUGAGACUGAGUUGUGGUUAAGCCUGAACAGAGGGAGAACGUCAUUGACUGCCAGAGACCGCGGCAUAUCUUCUUAGGAAGGUGACGGGUAGGGACACCAGAAAUUGCUGGAAGAAUAUUCAUCUACUUUUGUGAAACGCCAUUAAUCAAGUCUCAUUCAGGUUGAUCCAAAAUCUGAGAGCUUGCCGAUCAACAAAUUUUUCUUCCUCGGGCAUCUUACGCCUUCAGAAAAUAUUUCGGAAGGAAAGAGAUAUUGGGUCAAAUGGUCCGAGUUUCUCCCCACUUUCACCAAAACAGAAAAUACUUCUCAGCUGUCACUAUACCGCAAUCCUCAUUUGACCGAGGGAUUUGAAGGUCCAGGCCCAAGUCCCAACCUUUACGCAUUGGAAGACUCAGCCCAAGCACCAGAACAAAAAGAUCUCACCCCUCUUAUCACCAUGUCUUCGACUCCCAGGAAAGUACCAUCAGCAGCGGUAGAACGAAAACCCAAGACAAUAUACCAGCUUGAUUCGCCUUUCACAACAGUCUCAUGGUAUGGCUUCAUCAUCAUCUUCCUCGCAAGGGAGAAAGCUCAUCUAUCACAGGCCCGAAGUAUCUCCUCAGAAUCAAGAAACUAUCCUUGAGCUUCUCUGCAGCAUUUUGUCACCAGUCGGCCAACACCGCACAAAUCAUGUAACACCAUCCAAGGGCAAAAGAAGCAAGAAGCGCAAGCGAGUAGAGAAGAAGAAGAAAGCUGAAUCCGGCAUUGGAUCUGAAGAGACAUCAAGCAUACCACCUCCGCCGGAGAUCUCAUCUCACGUGAUUGUUGGACUCAACCACAUCACUCGAAGCCUCGAAGCACUAUCUCAAGCGUCCAAACCAGCAGCCAUCGCAGCAAGCCAGGAAAUUUCUCAAGGCCAGCCAGAAUUUGAACUCAAACCUGCCACCAAUGACUCCAAUUCUACAGCUGACGCUUCACACGCGCUCGAUAUUCCAGCAGAAACCCGAAAAUCAGCACAAACAUCUGCGCACAUCGCAGCCAUCUUCGUCCCAUCGUCCACGCAACCGGCAGUUCUAAAGGCACACCUCCCACAACUGAUCUUCACCGCCUCCCUCGCAAAUCCCUCACUACCUCCCACACGGCUUGUCCAGCUUCCCAAAGGGAGUGACGCAAGGCUUUGCGAUGCUUUAGGUCUCCCUCGGGUAUCAUUAAUUGGUAUAUUGGAAGGCGCUCCGCAGUCAAAGGCACUGAUAGAUCUUGUCAGAGAGAUAGUGCCGGAGAUUGAUGUCCCGUGGUUGAGGGAAGUAAAGGAGGAGAAGUAUUUGAAGGUCAAGGUCAAUGCAAUUGAAACCUUUGCGCCGGUGGUGGGGAAGGAGAAGAAGAGUGCGUGA